AAUAAGUCCCAGUGUAAUGUGCCCCGGACUCAGACAAACUGCCUCCAAACCUGAAGAGACAAACCGAGGGAUCGCAGACAUCAACCACCAAUAAAAACGAGACACUCUGACCAGCCCUUCAAAGGCAACCUUUUGCACAACCGAGAGGAAAAGAUUGAAAAGACUCAGGUGAGAGGUCAUUAGUGGAACGCCAGAGAAGUGAGCGGCUCCAGUUACGCUUGUGAGGUGAAAGGGAAAGAACAGAUUAGUGCUGGAGCUAAAGAGGACAGGGCAGACGAGUGAUCCGCAGAAAGAGUAGUCACCUCUGCGUAAAACCUUCCUGUAAGAAGAGCAUCAGAUAAAGAAGUUUCCAGGUAUCCACCUCAACAUGUGGUUUUUGGCUGUGUUGUGCGUUUCCUGCCUGCUCAUGGGCACCCAGGCUCAGAGCAGUGCUAGUUUUCGUCGGGCGAAUGCUGGCAAUGGCCGUUGUCAGUACAGCUUCACGGUGGACAGCCCUACAGAGGCCAGUUGUCCAUCACCAGGUUCAAGUCCUGAGAUGGAGGCCAUGAAGUCCCGUCUGGGGCUGCUAGAGGCGCUGGUCGCCCGUCUCGUAGGAGGGGAAGCCGUGUCAGAGUCAUCACAGGGCUCUGGAUCUCAGUCAGGCCUCCAGGACGCUUACAACCAGUUGAUGGGGGAGAACGCUCAGCUCCAGAGGGAGAAGCAAAGACUGGACAGACAGGUUCAGGACCUGCAGCAGAGGAUGGAAGUGCUCCGCCAAGAGGCUGAGAGGUUGAGGAGCAGACCCUGUGUGCAACAGCCUCCUCCUAGAGUGCCGCAAAAUGACAACAGCUUCAGACCAGGAUCAGGUCCUGCACUUUCCCACCUGGUAUCCAGCCCUGGGAAUACACAAGGAGACACAAGCAGUUUAAGAGAUCCUGCAUGGCACUUCUCAAAUCCAGAAUAUCAAGAGCUGACAGCUGUGGUCACUGAGGUGUCUGCCCCAAAUCUGGAAGGUCCAACAGACAUCUCAGGCUGUGGUGACCUGGUGUGGGUAGAAGAUCCAGAGGUGCACCGUAAGGCUGACAGUAUUGCAGGUAAAUACGGUGUCUGGAUGCAAGACCCAGAAGCUAAGGAACCUUAUGGUCCAGAGAUGGUAUGGCGCAUCGAUGCCGUAGGGUCUGAAGUCCGUCAACUCUUUGGGUAUGAAAACAUGGACCAGCUGUCUCGUGGGUUUCCUACCAAAGUCCUCCUCUUGCCAGAAUCUGUGGAGAGCACAGGUGCCACCAUGUACAAAGGCUCCUUGUAUUACCAACGGAGGCUCAGCCGCACACUUAUACGAUACGAUCUACUCUCUGAGAGCAUUGCUGCCCGCCGUGAUCUUCCCCAUGCUGGCUUCCAUGGUCAAUUCCCCUACUCCUGGGGUGGUUACACAGACAUUGACCUUUCAGUAGAUGAGAAUGGUCUAUGGGCCAUAUACAGCACCAACAAAGCCAAGGGCGCUAUUGUGAUCUCCCAGCUGGACCCUCACAACUUGGAGGUGAAGGGCACCUGGGAGACUAAAAUCCGCAAGACUUCCGUGGCUAAUGCUUUUAUGAUCUGUGGCAAGCUGUACACAGUUGCUAGUUACACCUCACCAAACACUACCGUAAAUUACAUGUAUGACACUGCAACCAGCCAGGGUAAAACAAUCUCAGUGCCGUUCAAAAACCGCUAUCGCUACAACAGCAUGGUAGACUACAACCCGGGGCAGAGAAAGCUAUAUGCUUGGGAUAACUAUUACAUUGUGUCUUAUAAAGUGAGACUAGGCAAGCAGGAGUAAAGCGAAGCAAUCAACGUAAAUUUCCAUAUCACCCCAGCUUAUAGACGCAUUUUGCAAUAUUUUAAUAUUUUAACAUCCAGCGGGACAGCUAUUGUUGGAUUUACUGACAAUGAUAAGACAAUCUAGAGUGAAAAGGCAACUGGACAAGAUUCAACCAUAAUUAUGCUGGUCACAUUAAUAAUAGCACCAACAGUACGUAUAUAUAAUGAAAACAGAAAAUAACAUUUUCCUGAUAAUAUAAUUUUAUAUAGGCUGUUUUUUUGUUUUUUUUUUCCAAGAAAACAGUUUAAGAAAUUAAGCAUACCAGUGACUACACUGCACACCUUCACAUUAAAAAGUGGACUUAUCUUAAAAAGAUGUUCCUUUGACCAACAAGUUCCCAAAUGGAUAAAGUAUCUAAUCAUGUAUCAUGAUAAACAGAUCAUUAAUAAAUUGAGGCCACAUUUAAGUCCUCAUUGAUUUUGUCCACUUAACAUGUUAAUAGAGAAAUUAUUUUUCUACCUUUGUAAGUAAUGUCUUGUCUUUUUGUGUUUACGGCACUGAAUAAAUUCAAGGAAGGGGGAAAUAUAACGGCAUACAAUUACAGUAAGCCUGCCUCUCGACUUAGAUUGUACAGAGGUAUGCAACUUAAAAAACAACCAAAAAAAAAAGUAAUAAAACCUUUGCUUGUGUAUAUGCUCUAAUCCUUAUGCAAUCAUACUAUCCUAACUCUGUAUAUGAUGAAUAUUUUCCCUUUUCUCUUUUGAAUUUGCCUCAAGACUUGUGUGCUGCUCGAGAUGUUAAGAUUGGGAUCUUGUGGCUAUAGAAGUGUGUUAACUUAUGAGAAUAAAGAUUUCAAAAGUUAAA